AUGCCAGCUCCAUUCAAGAAAGGUUCCGAAAAGAAGGGUGCAACUUUGUUCAAGACCAGAUGUUUGCAAUGUCACACCGUUGAAGAAGGUGGUCCACACAAGGUCGGUCCAAACUUGCACGGUGUCUUUGGUAGACACUCCGGUCAAGCUGCUGGUUACUCCUACACUGAUGCUAACAUCAAGAAGAACGUCUUGUGGGAUGAACAAACCAUGUCUGACUACUUGGAAAACCCAAAGAAGUACAUUCCAGGUACCAAGAUGGCCUUCGGUGGUUUGAAGAAGGAAAAGGACAGAAACGAUUUGGUCACCUACAUGCUGAAGGCUUGUAAAUAA